CAAAAAACCAAAAUGUUUCCCACGCGAGCUCUCUUCUCUCGCUCGGUCUGGAAGGGCCCGAACAUCGUCCCGUACGUCGUCGCAUUUAUUUCCCUUCCCUUUCCCUACCUACAUUAUAACCUGUUAUCAACACCGCAACUCAAUGCCACAUUACCUUCGACUUUUAUUUAAUUAAACUCGCCGCUGAACACACAUACGAUGGAUAUAGAGAUGUAUGCUAAUAGAUAAUGUGGAUUAGUCUCCCUCUCCCCCGCAAACUCCCCGCUCCGCCAGGAACACCUCCGAUCAAGACGCAGAAGCGCGGCGCCACGAUCCUGCCUAACUUCGUGGGAUUGAAGUUCCAGGUGCACAAUGGGAAGAUUUAUCAGGAUGUUGUGAUUACGGAGGAGAUGGUUGGGAGGAAGUUGGGGGAGUUUGUUGCGACUCGGAAGAGAUUCACGUACAAGCAGUCGAAGAACAAAUGAUUGCUUUUCGGGUUGUGGAUGGUUGUCUCGCUAUGUGGCUAUCCUGCUGUGUGCUCUGCAUUGGAAUCUUACUGGGUCCUCUGUGAUAUGGGGAUAGGUAGAUUGUCAGCUCAAGGUACAUAGUAGGCAAGCAGACAAGGCAGACAGACAGACAGGUGGUGAUUUUCAUAUUUGCAUGGCUAGGUUCUUUUUCUUAUUAUCUCGGGCGUUAUAUCCAGUUCCUUACUGCUUAUUCUUCCACCAAUGUAUAUCUACGUGUUGCAUGUAAACUACUAGACACCCCUUAAAAUCAACAGGUCAAUGGACUUCUCAGCAC